GCAAAAAUUCUUCGUUGAGAGCAGAAGCAUGUUGGUGGACAUCGCCACUGCGCUGCACACUUCCACCCAGCGCUCCCAGGUGGUGCAGCCUCUGCUGGAGUCGUCAUGCCGGAGGAUCGAGACGCAGCUGGACUCCCUGAUCGCGUCCCGUCUCCAGGCCCUCGCGUGUGCCAACCCAACACAGACGACGCAACCGAGCGACAGACUUGCCUUGACUUCGCCUUCAUCGCCGGCGAAGAAAACUGAGAGCAACAAAAUUGUAACGUCACCCGUGAGAGGCAGCCAAGUAGCGACACCCACGACCGACUGUCUUGAUGGAUCUAACUCGCCAUCUCCAGAGGAACCCAAACUAUCGACCAGCACGGACUUCUUGCAAGAAGUGAUGAACGUGGUUGAUACAUCUUUAUCCGAGUGCUCCUUAGCCAAUGAUGAACUCCCAAAUGCUGAAGAUAAGGAGCUGCAUGGUACAACUCUUGAGAGAAGAAUGCUCUCGAACUCGGCUCCGUUGAGUCCAGCAUCAAAAAAAUUUCUCGGCAGACUGCGAGACGAGUUCAAGGCAUGAUGACAUACCCUGACUGUGUUGUGUUCAGGAUGCUGCCUGUGAUGUUGGUGGCCUUUCCAUUAGGUUUAACAUUCUUUGAAACUUUAUAGUCAAAUUAAGGAGACCUGCUAAUUUUUAGUGUACAAUAAUUAGAGGUAUGAUGGAACUACUUAUCGCAAUUUAAUUAGCUUUAAGAAGUAGUGUUUAUAGAGUUCAUUAUAAUAUAGGUCUCGAGAAUAUUAUGAAUAAAUUUCUACUUGAUUUA